AUGGACGGUGUUGAUGGAGAUCAUCCUAUGUCUAGUCAUUCUGAGAUAGUCUCACCAAUACCUUCUCAUGUUACCACUUCAUUUGCUCGUGGCGAAGCAAAUUCUGACCAAGCAGUACUUCGUACCUUAGUGAGUGACCUGCUGCAGAUGCUUGAUGAGAAUAAUGCAUUAGUGCAGGCGUUUAGGAUGGCAAGGGAAAGGUUUAAUGAUGCAUCAAUGCAACCUCUAAGACUUCGUCUGAUCAGCACACGAAACAGAGGACAAAGACAAUAUGACUUGCCUACUGCUUGUGAAGUAGCUGCAUUGAUCCCAGGUGAUGAAAAUCCCACUGACUCACGUGAUAUUAUUGUCGAAGAACGUGAAGGUUACACUGCAAAGCGUAUAUCCGAACUGCACCCAAGUUUUAUGCCACUGCAGUAUCCUUUGCUAUUUCCAUACGGAGAAGAUGGGUUCCAUCUAAAUAUUCCUCUAAGUGAUACAAUGGAAACAGGUAGGCGAAAAACUGUUUCGUCAAGAGAAUUCUACGGUUACCGUUUACAUGUUAGGAGGUAUGAGGCUAAGACAUUGCACAAAAGUGGUCGAUUGUUUCUGACAUAUGUAGUGGAUGCUUAUGCUCAAGUUCUUGAAAAUGAUUUAAACUGGUAUAGAAGAAACCAAAAUACCAUCCGUUCAGAUUUGUAUAGCGGUAUAUGUGAUCGUGUUGCUGAAGGUGAAUCAACUUGUGAGUCAAUUGGGCGACGUGUUAUCCUACCAGCGACAUUCACCGGUGGGCCUAGAUACAUGAUCCAACAAUAUCAAGAUGCUAUGGCAGUUUGUCGUUGGGCCGGGGCUCCAGAUCUAUUUAUCACCAUGACAUGCAACCCAAAAUGGCCAGAAAUUACACGACACAUUAAUGCAACAACACCUGGCAUGACACCAUCCGACCGACCUGACAUUGUUUCACGUGUGUUUAAAAUAAAACUCGAUGAACUUAUUAGAGACAUAAAGAAAAGGAAUAUUUUCGGUCGAGCAAAAGCAGUUAUAUACCAAAUUGAGUUUCAGAAACGAGGACUUCCGCAUUGUCACAUUUUGCUUUUCCUACAUUCGGAAGAUAAGAUUAGUACAGUACAACAUAUUGAUAAAUACAUAUCUGCUGAGCUUCCCUCGGAAUUGGAUGACCCAAUGGCCUUUGAUGUUGUUCGUAAACAAAUGAUGCACGGACCAUGUGGUACGCUUAAUCCUUCCAGUUCUUGUAUGCAUAAUGGUAUAUGUGGUAAAGGGUACCCAAAGACUUACUGUGACCAAACAUUCAUCAGAAAUGAUGGAUGGCCAUGUUAUAAAAGGCCUAACAAUUCAAGAGUGGUUAAAGUUGGAUCUCAAGAUAUUAAGCUUGAUAAUCAGUUUGUAGUCCCCUAUAACCGUGAUCUGUUGGUAAAAUAUGGUUGCCACAUUAACGUUGAGUGGUGUAAUCAAGGUAUGUUAGUAAAAUACCUUUUUGGUUACAUAAAUAAAGGCCCUGAUCGUGUAACUGCGGUUUUGGAAGGUGCUCAAAAUAGAACAUCAUUUGAGUCCUUACUACAUAAUGAAAACGAGAUCGAGGAAUACCUAAAUUGUCGAUAUAUUUCCUCAUCUGAAGCGUGUUGGAAGCUCUUUCAGUUUAAUAUGAGGUACCGCGACAUUCCUGUUGAACGGUUACCUUUUCAUGAAGAAGGAUGUCAAAGAGUCUAUUUUCAUGAUAAUGACCAGCUUCAGGAUGUUGCACAACGUCCUACGGCUGCCAUGUCAAAGUUUACUGAAUGGAUGCGUGCGAAUGAGAAGUUCCCAUGGGGUCGUUCAUUCACAUACGUGGAGUUUCCAACACAUUUUACAUGGCAUGAAAAGGACAAGAAAUGGAUGCCACGACAAAGGGGGGAGUGUAUUGGCCGCAUUUAUUAUGUGAGUCCUUCUAUGGGUGAAAAGUAUUACCUACGUAUGUUAUUAAAUGUUGUACGUGGACCAUUAAGCUUUAAAGAUAUCCGUACCGUUGAUGGUGUUGAGCAUCCGACUUAUAUGUCUGCUUGCAAAGCGUUAGGCUUAUUAGGAGAUGAUGUUGAGUGGCUUGAUUCAAUACGUGAAGCUUAUCAGUGGCAGUAUGGGGAUCAACUUCGUGAUUUAUUUGUCUCGAUUCUGUUGUUUUGUACCGUUAGCGAUCAACGACAAUUUUUUUUUGAUUGCCUACCUUACUUAUCAGAAGAUAUUCCAUACAAGCGCCGUACAGUACUUGGUAAUGAUAAUAUAGUAUUCACGGACACGGAAAUUUGCAACGAGACUUUAAUUGAGAUUGACAGAAUUUUAGUUGGUCAUGGUAAAUGUCUAGCUGACUUUCCUAAUCUACCUCAAGUUCGUUUAACGAAUAGAGUUGUUAGUCGAUUGAUGGCCGCUGAGUUUACAUACGACAUGCAAGAAGAAGAAGCAAUUUUCUCCGAUCUACUUCAUGGAUUGAAUGCACAACAGAAGGAGGUAUUUGAUUAUGUAGUUGAUUCCGUCAAUAAUGGGACAGGUGGCGUUGUCUUUGUUUUUGGAAGUGGAGGGACAGGGAAAACGUAUUUAUGGAAGACACUCAUUUCCUGCAUCCGUGCACGCCGCGAGAUCGUUUUGUCUGUUGCCUCUUCUGGGAUUGCUUCUCUUUUACUACCUGGUGGUCGUACCGCGCAUUCUCGAUUUAAGAUUCCUUUAGAUAUUGAUAAGGAUUCUUGCUGCUUGAUAGAUGUUGAGUCGGAUUUAGCCAAGCUUAUUAAUGAUGCUGCACUUAUCAUAUGGGAUGAGGCACCAUUACAACACCGGUAUGCGUUUGAAGCUGUUGACCGCACUUUUAGAGAUAUUUGUCGGCAUCAUACCCAUGAUGCAGACCGUCGAGUUUUUGGCGGUAAGUGUGUGGUUCUUGGAGGUGAUUUUCGACAAAUUCUUCCAGUAAUUCCGCAUGCUACUCGUAGUGAGAUUGUCGCUUCAUCUGUAAAUAAGUCUUCAACUAUAUGGGGUGCGUGUAAGGUGUUUUGUCUAACAAUUAAUAUGCGCUUGCGACAUCAAAGUGUUAGCAGUGAUGCUCUAAUUAAACAACAACAAUUCAAUAAAUGGAUUUUAGAUAUGGGGGCCGGUCGUCUUCGUACAAUUUCUGUUGACGAGGAAGAUGAGAGCACUUGGAUUCGUAUACCUCGUGAUCUUUUGAUCCCUGUUUCAGAUAAUCCGAUGGAUGCAGUAGUAUCUAAUACUUUCCCUGACAUAUCACAAAAAUUUAAUGACAUUGACUACCUACAAGAGCGUUGUAUUUUGUCAUCUACUAACGAUGAGGUUGAUAAGAUUAAUCUGCAUGUUCUUGAUAAGUUGCCAGGCGAGAUUCACGAGUUGUUAAGUGCUGAUGCCAUUUGUCCAAGUACGAAUAACUUUGACGAAAUUCAGGCUAUGUAUCCUACCGAGUUUCUUAACACUUUGCAAUUUUCCGGUAUUCCGAAUCAUGUACUAAAGUUAAAGGUUGGUGCACCAAUCAUCUUACUACGUAACUUGAAUUUGAAAAAAGGAUUGUGUAAUGGUACUCGGUUGGUGGUUAGUCAAAUAAGUCGUCGUGUUAUCGAGGCAAUUAUUAUUACGGGUACGCAUGUUGGAGAAAAAGCUUUUAUUGGAAGAAUCGAUAUGACUCCAACCGAAACAUGUUGGCCUUUUCAUCUUAGGAGAAGGCAGUUUCCUUUUAAACUUUGCUUUGCCAUGACUAUCAAUAAAAGUCAAGGGCAGACAUUUAAUCAUGUUUGUGCUUACUUGGUAAAACCUGUAUUUACACAUGGCCAACUUUAUGUUGUUGCCUCCCGUGUUACAUCUCGUGAUGGACUGCGCUUUUAUAUUGACAAUAAUGGCAAGUGCGCUAACAAUCUAACAAGGAAUGUUGUGUAUAAAGAAGUAUUUUACAACUUACCUCUCAUGUCAAGAGAUGAGUCGGUGUGA